AGAGUGUGUUUGAUUAUUCAAAUACCGCAGCCCGUUUUCCUCCAACGGCUAGUCUUCCGCAACAGAUUCCAACGGCUCUAUUCGCAAACCAUUUAAAUUCACUCUUGCUCUGAAAUAUAGCCGUUACUACCUGCAUCUUCUUCUUCUUCAUCAAUCUCUCAAAUCUCACCAUCGUUUUCAUUCAAUCUACAUUCAAUUCUUCUCCUAAUCCCUUAACUCAACUCAAUUCAAUCAAUUAGCCAUGCCUUCCAACAACAAUAACAAGUUUUCAUCACUGUCAUCUUCACUGCCAUCAAACCCUAAUCCAAGAAGUUCAGAAAUCAGCAACCCUAUGAGAAGGAGUUUCACCGGAAACCCAUUCUCCAAACCCUCCUCCGUCAUCGCAAACCCUAGAAUCAAUUUCCCCAACACUCCAGCCAAUAGCCCUUCAGAUUUUCCGAGAAGAAGCUCUGUUGGGUCGAUCGCGGACGACAAAGAAAACGGGAAAGAUUCGAUUCUGAAGCCGGCGAAGGUUCGAUCACCAGCUGUUUGUUCAAAGGCCUCAAAGAAUUUCAUGUCUCCAACCAUCUCUGCUUCCAUCAAGGUCAAUGAUUCACCCAGGAAGAAGAUCCUCACCGAGAGGAAUGAGCCUGCUCUUGCUCCUCCUUCUUCCGCUCCCGCCUCCGCGGAACCCAAAAGCCAAAUUCGUAAGGUAACUUUUGCUGAGCCCUUGGAGGAGAAAAAAGUUUAUGCUUUGUUUGAUGGGUUCCCCAAUUUUGAGGAUGAUGGUGUUUACAAUGUUCCUUUGAUUUCUAAGGGUGAUUCUGAUUUCCAUGAUGAGAAUGUGAAUGUGAAUGUGAGUGUUCCUUUGAUUCCAGAAAGUCACAUUCAUACUGAACCCAUAUUUGAAACUGUUGCUGAAGAUUCUGAUUGUGUUAACCUUGACCCUACCUUUAAGCUUAGUCCUAUGGCUACUCCUCCUCCUCCUCCUCCAGUUUCAUCCCCAGCUACCACUGUAGCUCCUCUUGAUGCUGAUCCCUUGAUGCCCCCUUAUGAUCCUAGAACAAACUACCUCUCCCCUCGGCCACAGUUUCUUCAUUACAGACCAAAACCACCUAUGGACAAUUUGGAGGAUAGCUUCAUGUCUGGAAGCUUUUCAGAUACUGAAGUUACAGAGGACACUCAGUCUGAAGUCUCACUGAAGGAAUCAGAGGAUGCUUCUUCAGAUGAAAUUGUGAAGCAAGAACAGGGUGAAGUUUCUGAACCAAGUCCUGAUAGGAUUCUCAUUUCUGGGAAAACUGUUGAAGCAAAAGAGGGGCCUAAACCACGUUUCUCUAUGAGGUCUAAGGCCAUUGCUUUGGUUUUGCUCCUCUCAGUUGCUUUUGUGGCAAUCUCAGUCACAAAUUCACCUGUGAUUGACCAAGCCAUGUUUCAAGACUUUUAUGGGGUUUAUGAAUCCUCUGAAUUUUCAGAGUUUGCAAGGGCUAACUUUGAUCAAUUCUCCCAGUUUGCAAGAGAAAACUAUGAUGGGUUAGCUCGGAAUCUACACAUUUGGUUUACCAAAUCGUUGACUUCAAUUUCUGAGUUGAUUUUAAAUGUUAGAGGAGCAAACAAAUUGGUCCAGUUACAAUAUUAUAACUUGACUGCUUUGGACGAUUUUAUCUCGGUUCAUCAGUACCCUAUAUUUGCUCCUGGUGAAAAUGAAAGGGAUGCUGCCUCAGAGAUUGGUGCAAGUGAGUAUUAUGUUGAAGAUAUUUCAGAUGAGCAUUAUGAAGUAUAUGAAGAACAACUUCAGCAAGAUAUGGAAAUAUCUACUGGAGCUGAAAAUGCUUUUGAUGCUGUAGAAUCUGAGGAAGCACUGAAGGGUCAACCAGCCUCUAUGAUAGAAUCAGAGCAGGCUUUGCAACUGGCUGAAGCAGAGAUUUUACAUGAAAUGUUGUUGGCGGGAGAAGUUGAUGCUAGCUUCUUCAAUGUUGAAGAUGCUUCAGAUGAGGAAGUGCUCAAGGGCAAGUCUACCUCUAUGACAGAAUCAGAGCAGGCUUUGCAAGUGGCUGAAGCAGAGAUUUUACAUGAAAUGUUGUUGGCUGGAGAAGUUGAUGCUAGCUUCUUCAAUGUUGAAGAUGCUUCAGGUGCCUCAGAUUACGAAGGCCAGUCUACCACUAUGGUAGAGUCAGAGCAGGCUGAAGCAGGAGUUGAAUUCAUUGUUGAAAAUCAUCCAAGUUUGAAUUCAGAGGCUGCUGAAAUCCCAGUGGAGGUGUAUGGAGCAGGCAACAUAGACACAAAGCAGGGACAUGAAACUGAUGCUAACUUAGGUGAUGUAGAUCUCCAGCAAUGGCAAGAUCUGGAUUCAGAGGUUGCUGAAAUUCAAACUGAACCAACCAGCAUAGAUGAUGCUGCAAUUGAAAUUCCUCAAGGCAUGGUGUUAUACAUGCUGCUCUGUGGAGGUACAGUUUUAAUUGCAGGUGCUGCUUUCAACUGGUCAAGGAAAGGUAAAAGCAGAAGCCAAAAAGUCACUAGCUGCUCUAAAGAGCAACCUAUGCUUGUUAAGGAAGCACAUACCAACAAGCAGAUUUCUCCAGAGAAGCCAUCUCUGAGGAAUGGCCCCAUAGAAAUGGACAUGCUUAAUUCAGAGCCAUGCCCUUCAGAAAUGAGCAGCUUUCAGAAAAGCUCAUCUUACAGCACAAGAGUUGAUAAGAAAUUGAAUGAAGCUCACAGCGUGGAGAAGCAGCCCAAGAAGAGUGUUAACAGGAGAGAGUCUUUGGCCUCUUCAUCAGACUAUUCCAUGUCACCCUCCUAUGGAAGCUUAACAGUGUACGAGAAAAUUCCAAGCAAAGGAUAUGGAGAUGAGGAGAUAGUUACUCCUGUUAGGCGUUCAAGUAGGAUUAGAAGUCGAGUCACUUCUCCUUUGUAACUGCAUAAGCUUUUUUUGCUUGCCUAGAAUUAGAAGCCAUGAGAUAGAUGUUAACAUUAAGCAGAAGUGUCUUAUCUUCUGAAUUUCGAUUCUUGACUUUGUAGCUGACAUUUGUUUUGAUUGAAUGAUUUACAUUGUUGUUGGAUUUAAAACAACAUUUUCAUCAA